UCUGGAUAAUGACGUUGAAUCAGCAUCGACGUCAGAAUCUGCUAAAACGUCUAGCGAGGCAGCUGCUAAACUUUCCAACAAAGAAGGGACUUCAACGCAGCCUACUCAGAAAGACGAUACAAACAGAUCAAAACCUUCUUUACGAGAUAUCCAGGCGGAAGAAGAACGGAAGAAGCAGCAGGAAGAAAAGGAUCGGGCCAAUGCUCAACAUUCGAUUCUUUCAACUCCACCUGGCAAACCGUUGAGUCCGCAAAAAUCCACAAAUAUUAAGACACCCUCACUUCGUGAAAUUCAAGAAGCAGAGGCGCGUAAGGCAGCUGAACGCAAAGCAGCUGAGCGACAAACGAUCAAUGCAGUCAACGCUGCUGCAGGUGCUUCUAGUCGAGAGAAUGUGACGUUAUCAUCAACAUCAUGGGGACUGAUUAUGUCGAAUACGGCAAUGGCAACCAACUCUGCUUCUUCAUCAUCCAACCCGCCUGCUGUUUCGACACAAGCUUGGCAGAGUGCAGCUGCACCCAAGAAAACGUUACGUGAAAUUCAAAAAGAGGAAGAAGAGGCCGUUAAGAGAAGGAAUAAAAUGCGCGAAAUGCAGCAACAAGCUAUGCUUAAUGUAGCAGCAAGUUCACCUACUUCAAGUGGUGUUGGAAAACGUUAUGCUGAUACUUUGGUUACUGGACCUAACGCUGUGAACGCAAAAGCUAAAACGACAACCAUCCCUACCGGGAUGGCUUGGACGACUGUCGCUGGUAAGCCAGCAACACGUAUAGUUAUGUCUUCUGCAGCUGGUGGAAAUGGGGGUGGUACUGUCAUGAAGUCUGCUGGUUCUAAAGAUUUGCCUCUUGCGUGGGAUGAAGGUCAGAAAGGGACUAACGGUCUUCAGAACGCGUACAGACAACUUCCAACAAAGUCCACUGACCAAACGAAAAGCGUUACUAGAUCUAUGUCGUUAAACGCUACCACUUCCGGAUCUAAGCAAACGAAUAACAACUAUAAUAAUUCGAGCUUGACAAAUUCAGACCAAUCGCCUCCUCGUCCGCCCUCCGAAGAUUUUAUGAAAUGGUGUCGACAAGCUUUACGUGGACUAACGAAUAUAAACAGUGACGAGUUUAUUCAAAUGCUUCUCACUUUCCCUCUUGAUCCUCCUCCGGCAACGAUAGAAAUUAUUCAGGAUUCUAUUUAUACAUAUUCUCCAACACUGGAUGGUCGUCGCUUUGCCGAUGAAUUUGUGAAGCGACGGAAGGCAGAUGCAAGCGGAAUACCUAUGAGUAACUUCUCUAUACAUCAUGCGGACAGUAAAACUGGCAAAGAUGUAGGAACUGGUACUACGGGUACAAAAGACGAUAACUCUGGCACAGGCGCCGGCGCAUUUAAAGUCGUAACGACUAAAAAGAACAAGAAGAGGCAUUGA